GCAAGAUCGAUCGAUUGUGUCAAAUGAUUUUUCUCACCGAUCGAAUGCCGUUCAUGUUGGUUUUUCGGCGCGCUGUUGGUCAUUACAGUGCUUCGGAGAGCCGCGCUUUCGGGGGAUCGUAACCACAAGCUGAAUAUUACCACGAUUGUGGUUGAAAGAAGAGUAUAAACUUACGUUUUCAGUCGAUUUCCGGACUUCUUAUUCCGGCAUCUAUCGUUGCAGACGGAAUUAAUGAGCAUGGAAGCUUCAUUUGAGUCCCGCUUAGAUAAGACAUUUGGCUUUCUAAAUGGUGCUGUAAGCGAUGGAGAUAUACGUUUGUGGCGUGUACAAGAGAGAUCUGUUUCUAAGAAGUCCGGUAAGGGGUCACGUGGAGCCGAGGAGCCUGACAGUGAUGACGAUGAAGAAGAAGCAGACUUUUUGAAGUCUGAAAGAGAUAAGCGCCGUGCGAACCACGGCGAGAGACUGAACACAAGUUUCUUUGGACUGGAAGAUCUGGAGGAGUUAGAGAGUGAAGACGACGAUGAUGUUGAUGAGGACGACGACGAUGUGAAAGAACACAACCGAGUCGUGAAGCGGAAGAAGAGAGGUGGGAAUACACCAAGUAAGGCAGAAGUCAUUGGUAGUACAAGUCAAAUGAUAGGAGGUCCAGGUUCGUCAGAUCCUUCUAAACCUCGUGAAGAGGAUGACGACGACGACGACGAUGUAAGGGAGGUGCGUGAAAUGGUGGGUAUGGACGACACCCUUGACUUUGCGGAUGAGGAAGACGAGUAUGAUAGAGCAGCAGCGGGAAUAGUAGUAGGUAUCAACGAUCGGUUGUUUAUGAAUCAAGUUUGGAAUUACGGCGCAAAUGGCCAGCAGUUAAAUCCACUGCCAACUUCUUUCACUGAAAUGCGUCAAGCAAGUCAUCGUGACUGCCGUGCCAACCACGAAGCUGCUUUAGCACGACUUGAGGAGGAUGAUCGUGAGGCUGCCACCAAGGAAUCGGAAAUAAGACAAUCGAAUCCUGGAGAGGAUUCUAGCUUGGUUGCAAGUCUGCCAGUUGUACAGAACGAUGAAGUAGAAGCUAUGGUCAUCGACAGUGAUGGACAUCAGGACCAGGCGGCAGCAGAAGCUAGAGUUGAAGCACCUGGAGAGUUAGGGACCGCUGAUAGUAAUAAUGAGCGAAAGCCUAAAAAACGUGUGAGAUUUUCCGUGGGCGAGGUUGCAGGAGUUGAGCUCAACGCUGGAAGAUCUGAUGAGCAGGAACCUUUGCAAACAGUUAGUGUGUACCUCAUGUCUGAAGAUCCAGUGCUAUCAACUAGAAGUGCUGAUGGUCCGUCCACAGUUGCGACAUCAACAAAUAGAUCCAGUAAAGUCCCGGAUUACGUGAAGAACCCAUCGAAAUAUAUCCACUACACAUUGGAUUGGUCAGAAGAGGAUGAAGAGCAUGCAAAUCUAGCAGCCUUUCAGGCUACUAGGGCAGUGACUUCGUCAGCUAAAGAUAUGGUUACUAGUGAGCAGGAAGAUGCACGUGUGGAAUCUCAAGGUCCCUUGGCGUCUACCAAAAUCAGCUUCAACCCUCUCGUGUCUAAAAGAAGCUCCAAAGCUCCAAGCAAGGUAAUGGGUAACGACUCCGAGGGCGAUACUGUAGAUCCGCUUAGGGGAGUUCCAUUUAAUGGAGUGGUCAACAUUGCAGCUAAUUUGGAUAUGGAUGGCAACCUAGGAGGUGUAAUUACGAUGGAGGACGAUCAGGUUUUGAGCACCUUAGAUGACUCCACAGGGCAAGGGAAGCGUGGUCGGGUUUCCAGGCGCUAUCGGAACAGAGUGGCUGAUGAUGUUGGAACAGAUUAGGGUUGUGCUGUGCUUGUGUGUACAUCCCUCUGAAAGCAUCAGGGUUCCACAUUCUCUGAUGUAUGUGAAAUUUGACUUCAAUAUUAGCGAGAGUCCCUGGACUCCAAAUCAUCGAGACUUAGUGUUGAUAGGUGUACCCACAAUUUGGGUAGAUUUUUGGUGGCUUCUCUGUACAGUUCUUCUUUCUGCUGAAGUAAAACCUGCAUGAACAUACACACAGAUCAUGCUUGAAGGCUUGGACUCCCAAUUUUUCAUGAA